AUGUCUGACCCUGUUGGAAAAUUGAUUCAAAACAAUUUAGAAUGGGCUGGGCGUAUAAAUUCUAACAAUCCAAAUUAUUUUGCUAACAGUGCAAUUAAGCAAGAACCAAAAUCUAUUUGGAUUGCAGUCUCUCCAGAAAUAAUUACUCAAUCAAGUCUUGGAGAAAUUUUUGUUCUUCGAAAUAUCGCCAAUCAGUUCAAGACUACCGAUUUAAGUACAUUGUCGUUAGUAGAAUAUGCAGUAAAACACUUAAAAGUCAAACACAUAAUUGUGUGUGGACAUUAUGGAUGCGGUGGUGUUGGUCAUGUUAUAGAUACAGCCAACAAUUUCAAUCAGCAUGAUCACAUUGAUAAUUGGUUACAAACUAUUAAGGAUGUUUACUUAUCUCAUAAUUCUCAUUUUAUUAAUAAAUCCAACGAAGAACAGAAGAAUUUGUUGGUCGAACUUAACGUCAAAAAACAAGUUUUUAACAUUUCUACUGUGGAUGAUAUUCAGAAAGCGUGGAGGUCUGGUGAUAAAAUCGUUAUACAUGGUCUAGUUUACAACCUAAAAACUGGCCUACUUAAGAAUCUUGAUGUUGAUAUUGGAAAUUCAAGGCGGUAUUGGUAUUUAGCAGAACGUUUUGGAUUUUCAUCUGGAAGAGUUCAGUCUCCCAGUCGUCGUCCAGAUCUUGACAAUAUAGCACUUAAAGAUGGUUUUAGAAUUAUGAAUGCUCAUUCUGGAAGCAUAGAACUUGUAGGAAAUGUUUAUAAUGUGAUAUAUGGAACAGCAGCUAUGCAAAUAGGAGAAGCCAAGCCAGGUGAAUGGGUGUGGACCACCAAUCCCUAG